CACAGCUGUUGUUCGAAUAGAAUUAUUCACGAAUUCAUCUCGACUCAUAAAACUUUAAACUCGAAUAGAACUAUUUUUCUACUUUGCAAUUUGUACGUUCUUAUCCAUACUUUUUAUUUUAUACCUAAUUAAGAAAUUUGGCCCAAAUCUUUAGUCAUAUUUCUACUCGUUACCCAAUUUUGCUCCAAUUUUGAUCCAACGAUUGUGAGUGUCUCCCAAAUCCUUAACCCUAAUUCGCUUUUAGAGACUUUAUUCUGCUCCUCUCUAUUCAUCUCCGUCUCCGCCCGAGGGUUUUUCUAGGGUUUUAGCAGAGGCCUUCAGUAGACGACCGAAUCCCACAAUUCUAUUCUCUUUUCCCGGUAGAUCCUCCGGAUUUCAAGACAAAUGGGAGCAGAUAAAGGGAAAAAGCAGAAAGUGGGAGAGGUGGAGGAAGAUAAGAACGGGACUGAACUUAUUGAUGGGGACCUUGUUAUCUCAAUCGAAAAGCUUCAGGAAAUUCAGGACGAGCUUGAAAAGAUUAAUGAAGAGGCUAGUGAAAAGGUCUUGGAAGUCGAACAGAAGUACAAUGAGGUUCGCAGGCCUGUAUAUGAUAAGCGAAAUAAUGUAAUCAAAUCCAUUCCGGAUUUCUGGCUGACUGCUUUCAUGAGUCAUCCUGCCCUCAGUGAGCUUUUGACUGAUGAAGACCAGAAGAUCUUCAAGUAUUUAAGUAACCUUGAAGUGGAGGAUUGCAAAGAUGUGAAAUCGGGUUACUCCAUUACAUUUCACUUCAAGCCCAAUCCCUACUUUGAGGAUACUAAGCUCACAAAGACCUUCGCCUUCCUCGAGGAGGGGACUACCAAAAUCACAGCAACAUCAAUAAAGUGGAAAGAAGGCAUGGGUAUUCCAAAUGGUACUGCUGAAGAGAAGAAAGGAAACAAGCGGUCUCAUUUUGAGGAGAGUUUCUUUUCUUGGUUUAACGAUUCCCAGCAUAAUGGUGACAUUGAAGAGAUUCAUGAUGAGGUUGCUGAAAUCAUUAAGGAUGAUUUAUGGCCAAAUCCACUCACUUAUUUUAACAAUGAUGCUGAUGAGGAGUUCGAAAUGGAGGAUGAUGAGGAAAAAGACAGUGAUGUAUCUGGUGAUGAUGAAGACGAGCAGGACGAUGAGGAUGAUGAAGCUGAAGAUUAAAGAUAGAACGGUGAUUUCUCAGAAGGCUCUAGUGUCAUGGUUUUUUUAGAGUUGCCUUGAAAACUAUCCAACUUUCUUUUAAGUUUGUACUGUUGCUUUUCUGCACCUCCAAUAGCCAUAUAUCUCAUUCUUUCUUAUAUGGCUGAGACAAUUUUUACGCCUACCUUGCAAUAUGAAAGUAUAGCUAAAUUAUCUUUUUACCAGUAAAAUUGGCUUCUGAAGUAUAGCUAACUUAUCUUCGUCUGAAGUUUGUUUUGAGUCGUAAACACGAUGGAACUUGCGGUCAUCCGAUGAACUUAAGAAUUAGGUAAAAUUACAGCUCUAUUUUGUUGUUGCAGGUGAGAUUGGUUGGUUUACAAUGGUUAGAGCAUGUUUCUUUAUAAAAAUUUUUGGUUUUGUU